UCCCGUGCUGUAAACACUGGCUAAAAAUAGCCCCCAUGCUCAAGCAGAUGUUCCAGCUGGCGUGCUCGUUGCAGGCUGGUGGAGGGUUCUCCUGCGGGGCGAGGGCUUCCCUGCCACAAAUGCCCAGAGCCGGCUCCUUUCCUGGCCAUGCCCCGUGGAGGUCUGCGUGCUGCCCACUUUGGUGAGGGGCUCCCUGCUCUUUCUGCCUGGCGGGGCUGGGCCCAUCUUGCCAAGCGCCUUCUCAGCUGGCUGUCUCGUGCCCUCUGUGCCUUGUGGAGCCUUUUCCCCUGCCCCUGGCAAAGGCAGGGCGCUCAGGGGUCACUGCCUGAGGACUGGGAGGGCUGCCCUGAACUGAGGGUCUACAGGGGCAGAGAUGGAGAAGCGCAGCUACUCACGGUCCACACAAACCCCUACAGCUUCCAGGUGGACCUGGCCCAGCUGGCAACCGAGAGCACCUAUUUCCAGGCUCUCUAUAGAUCCUGCAUGCAGGAAGCAGUGGAGAGGCGCCUGGAGCUGGAGCACGUUCCCUCAGGGCCCUUCCAUGCCAUCCUGGAGUGGGUUUUCUCAAGGCGCUUCACCCUGGCAGAAGAAGAGCUCUUGCCCGCGGUACAGGCUGCCAGCUAUCUGGUGCUGCCCAGGUUCCUGGAUCGGUGCUGGAUGGCGCUGAGCCCUUUGCUCACCCCCCAGAACUGCUUGUCUUAUCUACAGUUUGCUGAGGCCAUUGGCUGUCCUGAGCUGCGGGAAGUGGUGUGUGGGUACCUGAGUGCCCACCUGUUGGAGCUGGCAAUGUCCGUCACUGGCCACUUGGCCCCUCAGCUGAAGGAGGAGCUGGCCCAGCUGCGCCUGAGAGGCCGGCCCAAGCUCUGUGUGCUGCGCAAGGAGAAUGUCACUGUGCGGCCUGAGGCUCAGCUGGCGUCUCUGCGGGUCCUGUACUGCCGCCCUCUGCCCCCAGAGGAAGGAGACUGGCACUGUGCCACGUGCUUGCCUUUCCAGGCAGAGAAGUGGAGCUUCAGCACGGCCCAGCUGCUCAACUACCUCUUCAUCGUGGGGGGCUACCGAGAGAGGCGGGGGGCUCGCGCCUUCGUCUUCCGCAUGGCGGCCUUCUGCUACAAUCCGCUGACGGACACCUGGAGACCCACCGCCACCCCCAGCAAGCGCCGGCGUCACUUCAGCACUGCUGUGGUUGGGCAUCACAUCUACGCUGUUGGUGGCUGGUUCCUGGAUUCCCUUUUGGCGCCGGACAGCAGCACCUGCUUGUAUGCGGCAGUCGAGCGCUACGACCCCUGGACAGACAGCUGGGCCUUUGUCUCCUCACUGCCCAUGGGGGACUUCUCGUUUGCCAUCUCACUGUCCCAUGACCUGCCGCUCUGUACGGCCCAUGCUGGCUCCAUCUAUGCCCUCGGCAGUGUGCAGCACACUGGCGAGAAACUUCUCCUGCGCUACAACGUGGCCACUGACACGUGGCAGGAGCUCCUGCCAACUCUCACGUGUGCAGAUGCCAACCUGCCUGGACUCUACUUCCUGGGUGGCACAGAGGCCCUCUACGUGGUGGGGAGCAACACCCAAGACAACGUGGUCACCUCCUUUGGCCUGACUACCCGGAAGUGGGGCCCUGCCCGGGCCCUGCCCAAGUGCAGUUUGGCUGGGCAGGGCCUGGCUUUGGACGGGACCCUCUACAUGGCGUCCCCUGACUUGGGUGCCAUCUUGGAAGUGGAGCUGGAAGUUCCCGACUGCCGCCCGCUGCCUCCACCGCCUUUUCCCCUCUUCUACGAGGCUGUCUUUCUACUCCACUUCCCCCGGACUGGCCCUGUGGAAGAAGGAACAGAUCAGGAGGCGGCCGGGGGCCCAUGAGGCCAUGUCUCGGACUGCACCAGCUGAGGGGAGGCUUCUCUUGGCUCUUCUGCCAAGUGAGGCAAUUUCAAAGCAACGCUAUACCAGACUGGCAGUUGGGGUGAUGUCUGCUUCUUUCCCUUCACUGCCAAAAUGCUUCCGUUAUUUUUUAAAACACCCUUUCGAAAAUAUGAACGCUUUUGCAAUUGACGGCAGGCCACCGACAGUGCGUUUGAAAGAAAGGCAAAGUUGUCUGCCUUUCAACAGAUUCAUGUGAUGCUUUUGCAGUGAGAUCGGUGUCAGCAGCAAGUCAAUGAAACAACCAUUUUUAAAAAACAAAACCCUUUAAAACAGCAGUGGGGAACUUUGGACUCUGCAGACAUUGCUGGCCUCCAGUUCCCAUCAGCCCCAGCCAGCAUGCCUAAUGGCUGGGGAUGAUGAUGGGAGAUGCAAUCCAGCAACACCUGGGGGGCCGAAGUUUACCUACCCCUGUCUAAAGCAUUAUGGGUAAUUUUGAACAAGAUAAAGCAGAGGGUAUUCUGGAAAUCCUUGAGAACCCUGCUAAAAUUAGUGUGGCCAUGCCUCCACAUUUCACCCAGAGACUCCGGGUUUUGGGGGUCCUUCCUAGGUGUCCAGGUGAGUCACCCCAAUCUCCAGAUUCUGCCUGGCCAGGGGGCAUGACAGUGGGCCCAAAUCUCUCUUCAUUGAGAGAUUUAGGCCCAUUAACAUGUUCCCAGCUUCGGAGCUGGCUGCAUUUGAUUGGCAGGGUGAGGAAGAUGAGAUGCAUCCAGCUCCGAGGCUAGGGGGUCAUGACAACAGCCCCAAAUCUCCCACAGGGAGAUUUAGGCCUGUUGUUGCACUGCCCCGCCCCACCCUCUAGUUUUGGAACUGGCUGCAUCACUUUGGGGGGGGGUCUGAAGAAGAAGAAGUUCCUUUUUGCCUCCUCAUGGGAUGCAGCAGGCUCUGAGGGCCUGCCCUAUGACAUCACUAGGGCCCACCCCUGAACUCUCAGGGUUUGGGAUGCUUCUGACCUGGUGCCCCUAUUGAAAAUCAUGAUGUCUUGGAUGAGUUUGGACAGUUGGAUUUUAAACAAAGCUUCUAUAAUAUCGAAGAGAUUUAAAGAAGGGUGUUCAUCUGUUAAGCUGAAGCUGAAUCCUGACAAAACCGAGGUACUGUUUGUGGGAGACAAGGGAAGGCUGGGGGAUGUGGACCUGGUGUUCAAUGGGGUACGAUUGCCCCUAAAGCACCAGGUCCGCAGCCUGGGAGUCAUUCUUGAUUCCCAGCCGUCCAUGGAGGCUCAAGUCUCGGCUGUGAGCAGGGCAGCGCUGUAUCAACUGCAUCUGAUACGGAGGCUGCGCCCCUACCUUCCCAACCAUUUGCUCCCACCGGUGGUACAUGCCCUGGUCACCUCUCACCUAGACUACUGUAAUGCGCUCUACGUGGGGUUACCCUUGAAAACGGUAAUUGCAGCUGGUACAGAAUGCAGCGGCUCGUAUGAUCAAGGGUAGCCGCCGACAAGAUCAUAUUACUCCAGUAAUACUCCAGUAAUACUCCAGUAAUACUCCAGUAAUACUCCAGUAAUACCAGUUGUUUACCGGGCCCAAUUCAAAGUGUUGGUUUUGACCUUUAAAACCCUAUACGGUUUGGGCCCAGUUUAUCUGAAGGAGCGCCUCCAGCACCGUCAGGGAUGCCGCUCGACAAGAUCAGCCUCUCAAGACCUUCUCUCGAUCCCACCGGUUAAAUCAGCUAGGCUGGUGAGGACCAGAGAGAGGGCUUUCUCAAUAUUGGCCCCCACCCUAUGGAACUCCCUCCCAAAUGAUCUCCGACAUGCCCCCUCUAUGAUGAGCUUCCGCCGGACUUUAAAGGCCUGGCUCUUCAGGCAGGCUUUUGGGAUGGGUUGAAACUUUUACUGUAUGUUUUAAUAUUUUAAUGUUUAUGGUAUGCUUAAUGUCUAAUGUAUUAUUCUGUUUUGUACGUCGCCCAGAGUGGCUGCGUAACCAGCCAGACGGGCGACUCAUAAACCCAAGAAUGAAUAAAUAAAUAAAUAAAGUGUAUUGAAAA